CUCUUAAAGGCUCACAAAAAUUAAAACUCAUAAAAAAACAAAAAAAAUUGGGCUCAAAGGGUUUUGGAAAUCUUUUCUCUCUAGUAAGCUGUGAAGAUUCUGGAGUCGUCUCUGAAUCGGAUUGAGAGAGAGAGAGAUGGUGAGUUCGAAACCGGCGACCGCCGGAGAGAGUAUUCCCUGCGAUUUCUGCAGCGAGCAGCCAGCGGUGCUCUACUGUAAGGCCGACUCGGCCAAGCUGUGCUUGUUCUGCGACCAGCACGUGCACGGCGCCAACUUGCUGUCCAGGAAGCACGUGCGGUCCCAGAUCUGCGACAACUGCGCCUCCGACGCCGUCGCCUUCCGGUGCUCCACCGACAACUUGGUCCUCUGCCACGAGUGCGACUGGGACGCCCACGGCAGCUGCUCCGUCUCCGCCGCACAUGAUCGCACCCCGAUCGAGGGCUUCUCUGGCUGCCCCUCGCCGCUCGAGCUCGCCGCCCUCUGGGGGCUAGAUCUCCACAAGAAUACGCCGGGUCGGGUCGGCGGCGGCGGCGACCCGGUGGACCCGACCCGGAACUGGGAGCUGGAGUCGUCGUGGAGCGGGGUGAACUUCCAGGACCUGAUCGUGCCGAGCCAGAACGGCGAGGUGUACCGGAACUGCGGGGAGGUGGCUCCGGCGAAGAGACAGGGAUCCGGGGGCAGCUUGGGGAAGUAUAAGCAGGGGAUUCAGAAGCAGCUGGUGGAGCUGCUCAAGAGGGAUUUCGACGGCGGCGGAGAGAAUCUGGAGCCGGCGGCGGCGGCGGAGGGAAAUGAUAAUGCGAGUAAUAAUGUUAAUGUUAAUGUGAAUGUGAAUGCGGAAGGGUUUGAUGUGGAGAAUGGAAGAGUUGAUGGGGUGAAUGUAGGUUCUGUUGCCGUUUCGCAGCCGUUGUUGCAGCAACAAGCGCCGUUCACGUCGCUGCUGAUGAUGGCUGGAGGCAUUGUUGACCGAGAUAUGUUGUGGGAUACCAACCCCCAUGGCCACAACACUCAAGGCACACAGAUAUGGGAUUUUAAUCUAGGAAAGUCGAGGGAUCAUGAAGAAACAGUUCCAUUGGAUGUCCCAUAUGGUUCAGGUGGUUCGGGAUUCAUGAUUAAGAAUUUUAGUGAACUUCUGAAAGAAGCAUCUUUGACUGAUACAAAAAUGUAUGGAGAUAUGUACCAGAUGAAUUGCCCUAUUGGACAAGAUGAUAUCAAAUUCAAUAUCAACUCAAAUAACCCAGCAGUGAGUCAGGGGCCAGCAACAUCUGAGAGCAACAACAUCUCUAUUGGCCGGCCAUCAUCAGGGUCUGCUUUUGGUGAAGACAAAGGCAACAUUGCCACUACGGAAGGACCUUUCCUUAUAAGAAGUGACAGUCUGCGAACGACAGGAACAAAGGCUGACAUGGAGCUGCUUGCGCAAAACAGGGGCAAUGCGAUGCUGCGUUACAAAGAGAAGAAGAAAAACCGAAGAUACGACAAGCACAUAAGAUACGAAUCCAGGAAGGCAAGAGCUGAUACUAGGAAGCGAGUCAAGGGUCGAUUUGUUAAGGCUACGGAAGCCCCUGAUGGUUAGAUAAUGUUGGAAUGGAUGGGUUCUCCUAGCUUGUUGUCUGUAAAUAUUUAAUUUUCUUUGCAAGGCAAAUGUAUAAAUUCUGCAGUCUUUGUUUCAUCAAAGUCCAAUGUUAUUUAUUUCUUCCAUUUCUGUUCUUA